AUGGCGACAUACGGCAGAAUAGAGGAAUACGAUGAAACCGAAGAGUGGCCUCAAUACAUUGAACGAAUGGACCAUUACUUCGAAGCAAACAAAAUGGACGACGAUGACAAGAAACGCUCGAUUUUUCUAAGCGUGAUAGGAGCUAAGACCCUAUAA